AUGACCACAAUCAUCACAAGUGUCCCCGGUUCGCCUCCAGACCUUUCUGGUUCGAGAUCUUCCAAAUCCUCUUCAUUGUCCUCCACAUUUUCCAGUCCAGAUGGUUUGGAGUCCGAUGUAACCAACUUUGAAGAGAUUGGACUUGAGGAUGACAAGCAAACACUACCUCGGAGCUAUCAUUCACGUGAUGUUUCGAUGCAAUCCGUGGGUUCCCAACAUGAGUUGAUCAAAUCCUCGGACUCCAUCAAUACCGAGAGGCGGUCGCAGCUUCCCCAGCUUCAGACUCAAGGCAAAUCGUCAAGUAAACGACCGGAAUGGGCCGCACCACGAAAUGCUCCAGCCAGGAUGGCCACCACGAAACGGGGAUUCACAAGCCCCGAAUCAUUCUUCCCUGUGAAUAUGAGGACGCGAUCUUCCUCGCCACCGACCCGAAGAGUUCUGCCCUCUGCAUCAAGUGUUUCUCUUAGUGCUGGUGGACUACGACCCAUUCCUCAGUCGCCUGCGUCUUUCCUGGAUGUACCCUCCCGCAGAUCUUCAUGGCAACCUCAACGGAAAACCAUUAAAGAGCUUGAAGACGAGUACCAUGAUUCUGACGACGAGCUUCCGGACGACGCAAGCCUCUGGAAUGUCCCUGUGUCUCCACAUUUCGGCGGCCAACGGUCUCACAGGUCCAGUUUUCGAGGCAGUCCAGAUCGAGCAGGUCUGUCUCAAAGUCCGGGCCCUAUACCUUUGGCGCAUGCAAAAACCACUCCCGAUACUCCACCCCGACCAACUAUGCACUCACAACAAUCCCUACCAAAGAACAGAUCACAUGGUCCACGGACAGGUUCUCUAAACCCUUCAAGCUCGAAUCCACCAUCUCCCCGAAGAACUAAUCCCUUACGCAAUGGCCGUACCAAAUCGUGGAAUCUUGCGAUGGCCGAAUUAAGUGAAGAAGCACGAAUCAUUUCCGAGACAUUGCAAUAUCAUGCUGAAGUCAAAGAACAAGAUAGGUCGGUGAGUCCACACGCAGACGGAUCCACCGAAAGUCUUGCACUGCCAAAAGGCAGUAAUUCUCGGAAAAGUUCCAUUCAAUUACCACCUAUUCAGAAAAGCACCCUAGAUUUCAUGCCUAUCUCCAAGGAAAAAGAGGCCAUACUCUCACGAACAAGGCCAUCUUGGUUACCACCCAAAAACCCCAGUGAAGAGAGAAAACAUCUCAGAGAAUACCAGGCAAUGAUGGCUGCAUCACUGGAAUCCGAGAAGAAGCGCCGCGCAAAACUUGAGGCUCAGCAAUGCGUCAAGGAUGAUACCAGCGAAUCUUUAAACCGGAUAUGGACCUUUUACGUGGAUGAAAGCACCGAUCUCAAUGCUAUUGAUCGACGUAUAUACGAUCUCUGCUGGCGUGGCGUAAGUCCGAAUCUCCGAGGCAAAGUUUGGCAGAGAACUGUGGGAAACCCACUCGGUCUCACUGUCAAAAGCUACGAGAAAGCUCUGCAAAGAGCAAAAGAGAUCAAAAUAAAACCAAGAGAUCAGCUUGAUCGGCAUUCAAGAAGCAUGGGAGUGUGGUUUGUUGAUAUUGAACGUGAUGCCGAAACAGCUUUUCCAGAGCUCAAGCUUUUCCAACGACAAUGUCCUAUGUGGCAAGAUCUGGUCAAUGUAUGCGAAGCAUAUGCGUGUUAUCGGAGUGAUGUGGGAUACGUUUAUGGGAUUCAACUGAUUGCGGCUUUACUUCUUCUGCAAAUCCCCACUCCCGCAGAAGCUUUCAUCCUGAUGGCUAAUUGCUUGAACCGACCUGCACCACUGGCAUUUCAAAUCAAUGACACAGCAUCUACAAGUCGAACGUACAAUCAUGCGGUAUCCACCCUUGGAAUCAAGUUCCCACGUCUCCACGAAUAUCUCUUUGGUUCACUCGAACAAGGAGGUCUAGGUUUUACUGGAGAGGAAGUCUUCGAACCUAUGUUUCGAACUAUUUUCUCCAAUGGUUUGGAUGUGGACCGACUUUGCCGUGUUUGGGAUAUAUGGAUUUUUGAAGGAGACAGAAGCUUGGUCCAGGCUGCAGUCGCCAUUUUAGGAUCCCUGCAGUCGCAACUCUUCGAUAUCAGAGGCGAUAUUCACCUCAAGCGACGGAAUACACAAGAAAUGUUGGGUUGGGGCCCCUUCAAUCGAGAACCAAGAUCUGGACACUGGAACCUCCAGGCAGCUGGUAACGAAGAAAAAUUCAUCGAAGAAGUCCGACUUGCGGGGACAUUGGCCCCCGGUAUGGUGACUUCCUAG